CUUUUUUUUUUUGGAAAAAGAAAAAGCCAUUAAUUAUUUGUCCAACACACUCCCUCCCAAUAUACACUUUCAUUCAGUUUAAGCCUCCGCAUGCUCUCCGGUGAUCCCCAUAAAGCCUUCGCAUGCUCUCUGGUGAUCCCCUUAAAGCCUCCUCUUCCACUUCUCCUCGCGGUUUUUCCUUCCUCCACCACCAUCGUCAACCACUACCUAAGAAUAGUUUUCGGAGAGUUUCUCUAAUUUGUAAAGGUCUUAUUUCGGUACCUGAAUAAAAAUAUACAAUCAGAAUAUCAGACAGAGCAGAUGGAUGUAGAAAUGACUUCAUCGCUGCCUUCAAAUCCAGUUGUGAAUUCCGAGAGAUCAUUGGUUCGAAGAAAAAAGAAGAAGAAAAUCCAAAGCCAAAUCCAUGGAGAUAAUUUGAAUAAUAAUCAGAAUCAAAAUUCUGCAAUUGAAUGGAAAUCUGAAUCUCAGCAACAUACUUACUCAUCAAAGCUGCUUCAAGCGCUGCGCCAGGUUCGGCUCAACGGCUCACAAUCUCAAACCACCACUCCAAAGCGCGGCCGAGCUGUCCGUGAAGCCGCCGAUAGAGUACUAGCCACCACUGGCAAAGGCCGCUCCCGCUGGAGCCGCGCGAUUCUCACUAAUCGGCUCAAGCUCAAGUUUCUCAAGAAGAAUAACAUCACCAAACGACAGAGAAAUGUGAUGGUGGUUACCACCGGGAAGAGCCGGCCAAAGAAGAAAUCAAAAGUGAGCAUUUUCCGUUUGAAAUCAAAGAGUUUACCAGCGGUUAACCGGAAAGUUCGCAUUCUCGGUCGGUUGGUUCCCGGUUGCAGGAAAGAGCCUUUACCGGUGAUUUUAGAGGAGGCUAGUGAUUAUAUACCAGCUCUUGAAAUGCAAAUUCGAGCCAUGAGCGCUUUGACGGAGCUGCUUUCUGUUUCUGGCGGCUCUUCUUCUUUUUCCAGCGGGGCUGCGGCUUCUGGUGGUCCAACUGACCAGCCUGGCUCGAGCCGGUCUCACCCUAGCUGAAAUGUGUUUUUUACGCAUAUUUUAUUUUUAUUUUUUUGUUUUCAAAAAUAUUCUCCUUCUUCAUGAAUAUUCAACUGUGAAUUCGUUCAAAGAAGAAAUUUCCCGUGAAUUAUAUUUCCAUUUUUCUUGAAAAGAAUUUUAUGACAUAGUUUUGAAUCAAUCCUCGAAAUCUCCACUUCAAUACAACAAAACAACCCUCAAUCAAUUGCGACAAAGUAAAUUAAUAACAUUAUUUUGAUUUUAGUAUAAUAUUUUUUGGUAAUUGGAAGGAGGAAAUAAUGUGGGGUUUGGUGCAAGGAAUCUUCUUUAUUCACGUGGUGGGGAACUUUUACAUUGUGCUUUAUUGUCGUUUUGAAUAUGUGAGUCUUGAAUCUCUUCCCCAUAUUUGACAACAUCAAGUUUCUUGAAAUGCACCCUCUUGUAUCGUAAGCUUAUUAGUAAAGAGUAGCCAAUUGGCUUUAUUUUUUA